AUUUGUUUUCGUUUGUAAAACGCGUUAAGCAAACAAGACAGAAGUGAGGAGUUUGUUUCAAUUUUUCGCAAUUUUUAUAAAUAAUUCCAAGAAAUGUUCUAACGAGUAGCGGAUCAAUGGCUUCAAACAGAAUUAUAAGCGCAGGCGAUGCUAGUUUAGGAGAGCCAGAGCAAGACGCAAAUUCAGCUCUCACGGAUUUAGACAAAGGUCUUAGAUCUGGAAACGUGGGCGAGCAAUGUGAGGCAAUCGUUAAAUUUCCUAGGCUUUUUGAAAAAUAUCCAUUUCCCAUUUUGAUCAACUCUUCCUUCUUGAAACUGGCUGAUGUUUUUCGAGUUGGAAACAAUUUCAUGAGAGUGUGGGUGCUCCGAGUAUGCCAGCAAAGUGAAAAGCAUUUGGACAAAAUCCUUAGCAUUGAUGAUUUUGUGAGACGAAUUUUUGGAGUAAUUCAUUCAAACGAUCCUAUAGCCAGGGCAUUAACUCUGCAUGUAAUGGGCAGUGUGGCUAGCAUAAUUCCGGAGCGAGAACAAGUGCAUCACAGCAUUCGAAACAGUCUUGAUUCUCAUGACACUGUUGAAGUUCUAGCAGCAGUUUAUGCUGCCUCAAAGUUUGCAGCACAUAGCAGGACGUUUGCUGUGAGCAUGUGCAACAAAAUUGCAGGAAUGAUCAAGGGACUUGAUACCCCUGCUGAGCUUAAACUAAGGUUGAUCCCUGUUUUGCAGCACAUGCACUAUUCAACCUCAACUGCAGCUAUGGUUCGUGAGUUGGGUGGUGAGCUGCUCCAAAGCUACCCAGCAAAUGAAUUUCUCUUAACGUCCUUAGACACUCUUACAAAAUUGGCAAAAGAAGCACUAGUGGACAUUCCUCAUCAGGUGUCCUUACUUCUGUACAGUCUAGAGGGAGAGCCAAGGGUAGCUGUUCAGAAACACAUUUUCUGGGAGCUGAAAAUACUUGCAAAAGAAGGAGCAACGCAUUGGACAGCAGCCUCUGUUGCUGCUUUAGUGGCUAAAGCUCAGACGUAUCUCUCCAAUCCUAACAGAAAGCGGCUCUUGGUUGCUGCUCUAGAUGCUCUUGUGGUUCUUUCACAAUCUGCAUCUACCUGCCAUGAACAAAUGCACCCUGAAUCUGGUUUGAUUGAUCUGUGCAUUCAGAGUUCAAGUGCUCUUGAGCCACAAAUUGUCAGCAAAGCACUCACCAUUCUCACAAAUAUCAACUGUCAUUGUUAUAACGCAGGACUUCCACAGCUUCCAAAUGAUGACGCCCUCGAGCUGGCAUUAGAGUCUUUCAUGAUGUUUUUGAUGAUCCAAGACAAUGAAAAAUUUUUGCCGCAACUGAAAACAUGCUUAAAAUGUAUGGUCCAGCUCUGUGAAGCUUGUCCACAUCGGUGUCAUUUCUUUGUGGAAUUGAUUUCCGAACAGAUACUUUGCAAAAAGGGGAACACACUGUUUUUAUUGGUUGAAACUUUGGCUGCAAUGGCCUGCUGUGCUCCAAUCGUCAAUGAAAAGCCCCUCCUGCUUGGAAUUUUGCCUGACAUAUCAAGACUGAUCGAAGGCUUUUCAAAAGAUGAAAAACGGGGAUCUUUGUUGUGCACUCUGGUGCUUCAGACAUGUCAAGGCUACAGCAUACCUCAGGACGUUCAAAAGUGUUUGUAUGAUUACUCGCAAAAGUGUCAAGUUUGGGAGUGCUACAAAUUAACUAGAGCAUCAAUGAGAUUUGGCCAGCACAUGUUUGCAGUUCCAUCAAUUUCCCGCCUGAUACACUAUGUCAGCUCUGAAUCUCUCCAUUUCUGGCUGAGUUGUCUAAAAGACGUCAGUUUGGCUGAGUGUGCCCUGAUGAACGAAAAGCCUGUGAACUCCGAUGGUGGUCAUUUGUCUUUGUCAAGGGAGAAACAGCCCGGUUUAUUGGAAAGCCUGUCGUCUGCUUCAAUUCACUACUCGAAAGCAAUCGCAGCAAUAAAGGCUGCAGGUUCUUCUCAUCAGUCACUUCAGUUUGCUGCGGACUAUUUGCGUCUGCGGCUAGACUUCCUGCAGUGCAUGUCCCAGCUUGUGCAGUCCUGCAAUUCUCUCUACCACCCACCACCUGCUAUUGCCAUGAAUCAGGCGCAAGUCUGCAACGAUGAAUUCUUGAGACACGGUCGGACGACAACACAACUUAGAAAAUGUGCCACAGAGUUCCGCACAAUAGCCGACAACUACCACAAACUGGCUCAGUGUGCUUUCGAUGCUGAUCCGAAAUCAUUGGCAAACGUCAAAGUACUCAAAAACAUUUGUUUGAUGAUGGCCCAGAGUAUAGAAUGCUUGGUAUUUACAAACCAUCAGGACAAAGACCUAGUAGAUUUUGGGUCUACAAAGGAUUGUCCAGAACUUCAUCACUUGGUGACUAGCAGUAAGAGAGCUAUGCAAAUCAUUGAAGACCUUAAAAAUGAUACUAAUUCAAAACCUAUUACAAGCAAGCACACAAAUGCAUUACUUCGCCAAGUUAAGAUCGUCACUGUGUCUCCUUUAUGUCUUCCUAGAUACUUCUUCCAAACAUUGCAGUGCACCUCUGUUAAGCUUUCAAUCACCCCACAAGCUCGACUCGUUGGAGAAAUCACAGUCCCUGCCAACACUCAAAUGGUGGUACACAUCGAAGGAGUCUGUCAGCACCUUGGAACUCCAGGCCUGUUUAGAAGCAUAAAGGGCAUUGACCUUGUGCUCACCAACACAUUCCAAUCCUCUCGGGGCCCUGAUUCAAACAAAGAGGUGGGAAGCAUGAACCAAGUGGUGAAUCCUCAUCACGAUUUCUUCUCGGCGCAGUUCCUGUUGUCAUUCCCUCAAGGAGGCCAAUAUCAAAUUUGCAUAACAGCGUCUAUUGUGGACGAAGAAGGCCUUGUGUGGCGCAGUGGUCCAAAAUCUUAUUUGGUGGUAAAAGUUUACGACGAACCAGGUGCAGGUGGAUCUUCCGGCUCCAUUCAAGCUCUAAACAAGGGAUUUUCUGAAUCUGGGGGUGGAAAUGUUGGUAUGAGAGCACCAAGAUUUUAAACUUUUGCAAUAAAUUUGAAGGAUAAAAAAACUUAUUCAUAAUAUUGGU